UUGUUGGCACUACUGUCAAUUUAAAUGGUCAAAUUUUGAAAGUUAUUUUUUUUCUACUCUGUUUUCUGUAUUUUUUUUGUAUCUGGUUUUUGCAGGCGUUUUCAUUCGCGGAUUUACUAUUAAUAUAUAAUUAUAUACCGAAAAUCUGAAUAUAAGAAAGACAAUUAUCGCUGGUAUUUUUCUCAAAGAAUUCCUCUAGACUGAAAGCAGUAAAGCAACAAUAAAACAACCAUAAACAAUUAUAAAAAUCUGUUUUAUUUCAAGUUCGAUUAACGUAACACGAUGACAAGUACUAAAAAAAGCCCAGAAUUCAUCAAAAUAACCGAAGAAGAUUUAAUAGAAGCAGGUAUGCUACCGCGAAAACCAAAGAGUAGGGAAUCCAAAGCAGGAUGUCCUGUGAAAGAACCAACGUUUUCUCUAAUAAAAAUAGAUGAAAAAUAUUUGGAAGAAUUGCGUUUAGAAGCUGCCCAAUGUGACUCUAACUUUUCUAUCGGAUUGAAGAAGACUAAUUCAUCAAAAAAAAAUGAAGGAAGUAAUACCCUUUAUAAAAUGAAGCGAAGCAGUGCUAUCAGUCGUAGAUCUUCCAAUAUAUCUAAGGAUAUCGUAAAAAAAGCUUUGAAUAAUAUGGGGAAUGUAUCGAAUAAUUGCUCCCAGAAAAAUGAAAGGGUGAAAUUUACCCCAGAUAUGCUUGGAACUUUGGAAGAAGAUUCUCGUCAAGGAAAUGCAAGAAAAAAAUUAUUUAUCACAAAUUCAUUUAAGAACAACAUAUCAACAAAACUUUUCAAGGGGUCUAGAAACAGUACUACAUCACAUCAUAGAAGUUCUCCACUUUUGAAUAUAAAUAAAUGUCAAACAUCAUUGAAGAAAAGUAAUUCAACCAAAACCAGUGAUCAGAAGUAUCCAUCAGUUAUAAACACUCCGUCUAGGCUUUCAGUAGUUCAAGAAGAGAGGAAUAGUAUAACACCUAGUAAAGCAGGAAAUACUAAUAAGAAUAGCAGUCUUCGUUCAUCAACAUCAUCUAAUACAGAAUUUGAAAUGAUGGAACAAAUGUGUAAACAACAAGAUACCAAAGAAACUCGGAAUAGCAUAAAUAAAAUAUUACACAUUAUGAAAUUAGAUCAAGAUGAAUUUAAAGCAUUUAGAGAUGCUCAUGAUAGAAGAAUGUUAGAUAUAAACAAUAUACUGAAGGAAAUAAUUGAGUCUCCUGCAAAUUCAGUGUUUACCAAAGAAAGUGAGAUGAAACCAAAGACUCCUAAAAAAACUCCAGUUAAGAGUAAUAACAUUUCAAACAAUGUUGAAGAUUUGAGGAAAAAUGUAUUGAAAAUGAAUAUUGGCAGAGUAUUGGGUCACACUCCCAAACGAGAAAAGGCAGAAAAGAUGUAUAAUGGUUUAAGGGAUGUAUAUGGAAUUUUGGAAACCCCAAAGUUCGAUAAAAUACCUAGAGGAGACUCCAAAAAUAUUUCAACGAAACUACAAGAACAAUGUCUUAUGCUUUUAGAUACACCUCAACAUAAGUGAACAAACAUAUUUUGUAUGUGUGUUGUAUUAUUAUAUGUAAAUUUUAUGGAAAAACUUAGUUGCUGGAACGGCUUUUUAUAUUAUGAUUAUUGUACCUUGUUGCUUGUUUGAAAUAAGCUAUGUUUAAAUGUGCAGUAAUAUCUGAGAAGAAUAUCUCUGUUUAGAGUAGGUUUCUUAAUCCAAGCCAAAUGAGCUCUGGCAUUUGGACUGCCUCAUUAUUAUUUAUUAUUGUUGAGCUAUUCCCUUAUAAAUCUCUUUUUAUUA